AUGAGGGCGCUAUUGGUAUUGCUUGGGACUAUGUCCCUCGUACUGGGGAGAUCUCAGUCUUCACGGAGAUACAUUACCAUCCCCGCCGGAAGUACAACGUAUUACGGCAAUAUGGCGUCAACGAAUCAGCAGGAUGACGUCGCGAUGCCUAAUCUCCAUAAACUGAAGUAUGACGUCAUUUUGGACAUAGCGUUGUACGACCAAAUUACACUAGAAGAAAAUGGCUAUUUUGCGGUGUAUGACGACCCGGAAGGAGAAGCUUCGAUAGUGAUGGGUGACAAGGUUCUAAUGUGGGUUUUCAAUCCGACUACACUACGGUUCCAUAACGUCAUGUCUGUAAUGUUUGCUAAUGAUGCAAAUUUCCGUGUAUUCAGGAGAUUGCUCCAGCAGUACGUGAAUGGCUGAUUUCUCAAUAUAUAGCUGUAAAUAGCAGUUUUGUAUUAUUAAAUAUUAUCACAUUGCAA